AUGGUCAACCACAGCUCCCCGGUGGACUUCCUCCUUCUGGGCUUCUCUGAACACCCAGGGCUUGAAAGAAUCCUCUUCGUGGUCAUCUUGAUUUCUUACCUCCUGACUCUGGUGGGCAACACGCUCAUCAUCCUGCUGUCCAUGCUGGACCCCAGGCUCCACUGCCCAAUGUACAUUUUCCUCUCCAACCUCUCCUUCUUGGACCUCUGUUUCACUACAAGUUGUGUCCCCCAGAUGCUGGUCAACCUCUGGGGCCCAAGGAAGACCAUUACUUUUCUUGGCUGCUCUGUCCAGCUCUUCAUCUUCCUGCUUCUGGGGACCACUGAGUGUGUCCUCCUGACAGUGAUGGCCUUUGACCGCUGUGUGGCUGUCUGCCAGCCCCUCCGCUAUGCCACCAUCAUCCACCCCCGCCUGUGUUGGCAGCUGGCAGCUGUGGCCUGGGUAACGGGUCUGGUCCAAUCAAUAGUCCAGACACCACCCACGCUCCACCUGCCCUUCUGCCCCCAUCGACAGAUAAAUGACUUUCUAUGUGAAGUCCCUUCUCUAAUUCGACUCUCCUGUGGAGACACCACCUUCAAUGAAAUCCUGUUAGCUGUAUCCAGUGUCAUCUUUGUGGUCGUGCCCCUUAGCCUCAUCCUUGCCUCUUAUGGUGCCAUUGCCCAGGCAGUACUGAGGAUUAAUUCUGCAAAGGGGAGGAAGAAGGCUUUUGGGACUUGUUCCUCCCAUCUCAUUGUGGUCACCCUCUUCUAUAGCUCAGUUAUUGCUGUCUACCUCCAGCCCAAAAAUCCCUAUGCCCAGAAGAGGGGCAAGUUCUUUGGUCUCUUCCAUGCAGUGGGCACUCCUUCACUUAACCCCCUCAUAUACACCCUGAGGAACAAGGAGAUAAAGAAGGCACUCAGGAGGUUACUGGGGAAGGACAGGGACUCCAGGGGGAGCUGA